AUUUUACCGUCCGGAAGCAAAAUGAUCUACCGAAGAUUGGCAGUUUGUAUUUUGCACGUAAAAAUAGGAAUUUGUUUUUGAAUCCCUAGUAGUCUCAUUUACAGUGAUGGAAAUUCAAACAAUUACCCUCGAGCGGUGGAUGUGUCGAGUUUGCUUCAGCGAAGGUUCCUAUAAUAUCUUCGAGGAUCAGUUAGCACCGCUUCUGCAACUGUCAUCCGCCCAUCAAGGACAUCAGAUAGCGAGCAAAUUUCUACUGAUUGUCGAUGCGCUUAACUGCUUCAGCGAGUUCAAGAUUCUCCAAACGGAAGUCGUUAACGAACCGGCAAUGCUAUGCAAAGGUUGCUGUGAUGAGCUUGUGCAGUGUUAUCGAUUCCGAAUUAAAUUGAAUGAGUCAGAAUGCAUGUUGAGGAAAGAUCCGUCUAUCCAGGAUCAAGUUGAAACCAAAGAUGAUGAAGAUGGCAAGACUGGACUUACGUUGCAGUUCGCAGAUAUUGAGCCAAAUCUCGAAGACAACAAUGAUCAGUCUCCAGGCCAAGCUCAAGAUGGUUGUGAUGAGCAGGUUCCUGCAGAGCCGAAGAAGCUGAACAAGACGCACCAUGCGAGGCCUCGUUUUCAGCUCACUAGCCAGGUGAGCAACAUUCUGCGGCAUGUGGCUAUGAGCAGUAGGGCUUUUCCGGGUGGGGAGAAACGACGAGUAGUCGAAGAUAUCCCAGGAACUACUACACCAAAGAAAAUACAACGUAAGAAUAUCGCUAAGGGACUGGAUGAAACACUGGUUGUCCCAGAAUAUUUAUUUGACCCAGAGGGCAACGUCGAACUAGCGAAUAAAGUCCUAUCAAUGGAGGAGGAAGUUAUUUUGGAAUCGACUCAAACGCACUGCGAGGGAGAGAUGGAUGGGAAGAAUUCGGAAGGUAUAUAUUAUUGCAAACACUGUCCAAAGGCAUUUUCUGCACCUUAUCAUUUGCUUUCCCAUACCAAAAACACCCAUCUCUGUCAACACUGUCACAUGAACUUCCCUAAUGCUCUUGCGAGGAAUAAACAUAUUCGCGAGAAACACAAUUUGUUCCAGUGUUCCUUGUGCAGCUUCAAAACUCAGUACAACUCAAACCUGAGAUCACACCAAAGGAAAGUUCAUUCGAUUGUUUCGCCGGGGUACAGAAAGUCUUGAUGUGAAUAAAUGAAAGUCAUUGGAAGGCGGA